AUAGAUUCAACCAUGAAUGAAAUUGUGGAAAUGAUUAGAAAUCUAAGGAAGUAAAGUAUUACCAAAAGAAAAAAGGAAAAAAAAAAAAAAAAAAAAAAAAAAAAAAAACCAAAAAACCAAAAAACAAAGGUAAGAAAAGAAAUCGAGGAAAGAAGAAAUAACUGAGAGGAGAAAAGGGAAUUUGUUGCAAGUAUCCAGAAAUACAAGCAAAUUCACGAUUCAGCACUGUCGUUUCCAAAAAUCCAGCAAUUUCCUGUAUUUCUUCUGAUUUCAAAUCUUACCCAGAAAAAUAAAUCCCAUAAAUUGAGGGGAGUGAGAAAGCUUGGAUCUUUCAUCAAUGGCGUCAGAUCAAGAAACAACCCAGGAAAUGCCAGUAGGAACAUUACAGAACAUUCUAGACCAAGAAAGCCUUAAAUGGGUAUUUGUAGGAGGCAAAGGUGGUGUUGGGAAGACAACUUGUAGCUCAAUUCUUGCCAUUCUUCUUGCAAGUGUUCGACCUUCUGUUCUUAUCAUCUCCACUGAUCCUGCCCACAAUCUUAGCGAUGCUUUUCAACAGCGUUUUACCAAGACUCCUACCCUUGUUAAUGGCUUCCCCAAUCUCUUUGCCAUGGAAGUGGAUCCGUCUGUAGAGAAUGAUGAUCUUUCUACUGAUGGGCAAGAUAACUUUGUAUCUGAGCUAGCAAAUGCAAUUCCUGGAAUCGAUGAAGCCAUGAGUUUUGCGGAAAUGCUGAAAUUAGUUCAAACCAUGGACUACUCUGUCAUAGUGUUCGAUACAGCUCCCACAGGACACACUCUUCGUCUUUUGCAAUUUCCUUCCACAUUAGAAAAGGGUUUGGCAAAAAUGAUGACCUUAAAGAACAAAUUUGGGGGCUUAUUAAGUCAGAUGACUUGUCUCUUUGGUGUUGAAGAUGACUUUGGUGAAGAUGCAAUUCUUGGUAGGCUUGAAGGCAUGAAAGAAGUAAUCGAACAAGUUAACCAGCAGUUCAGAGAUCCAGAUAUGACGACCUUUGUUUGUGUCUGCAUUCCUGAGUUCUUAUCACUGUAUGAAACAGAGAGAUUGGUGCAGGAACUUGCAAAGUUUGAGAUUGAUACUCACAAUAUCAUCAUCAAUCAAGUUCUAUUCGAUGACGAAGUUGUUGAUUCUAAGCUGCUGAAAGCAAGAAUGCGAAUGCAAGAGAGAUAUAUUGAUCAAUUCUACAUGUUGUAUGAAGACUUCCACAUUACAAAACUACCGUUGAUGCCUGAAGAGGUCACUGGCUUACAAGCGUUGAGGUCAUUUUCUCGACAUUUCCUCGUACCAUACGAACCUAAAAUUAAAAAGGGAAGUGUUGAAGAAUUGGAACUGAGGAUAACUGAGUUAAAACUACAGUUGAAAACUGCAGAAGAGGAGCUGGAGAAGAUACGAAAGGGUAAACAAAAGGUGUAAGCGUGACUCAUGAUACAAACAUUUAGUUUUGCCCUGUUUUUUUCCUUGAAAUCAGAAUUUUUUUUUAGCUCUUCUUUUUCUUAUUUGAGGGGUGCUGGGAUAGGCAGGUGAUAGCCUGGCCACUGGGGCUUGCCCGAGGAUGGCCUAUUCAUUGAUUCUUCACCAAGAUGCAUGUGUUUUAUAUAGGUCAUUGUAACAAAGGGAAUAUGUUAAAGGGUAAACAUAGUAGCAUUAUAGAUAUUCUGUAGUUUUCAAUUUGUCAUGAAUCUUCUUGAACAGAUGAACCUGACUCUCAAAACACUUGGUAGAGUAAUAAGAUCAGUUAUUAUUACUGUAUGA